UCCUUCUUCUCAUUCCCCAUUUCGAACCGAUUUCACACCUAGAAUCUAGGGUUCCAUGGAUACCGGUGGAAAGAUCAAGAAAGGUGCCGGAGGAAGAAAAGGAGGUGGACCUAAGAAGAAGCCAGUUUCGAGGUCUGUAAAAGCCGGUCUCCAAUUCCCCGUUGGAAGAAUUGGCCGUUACUUGAAGAAAGGAAGAUACUCGCAGCGCGUCGGAACUGGUGCUCCCGUUUACUUGGCCGCUGUACUCGAAUAUCUCGCCGCUGAGGUGCUUGAGUUAGCUGGAAAUGCAGCGCGUGAUAACAAGAAGAAUAGGAUUAUUCCGAGGCACGUUCUUCUUGCUGUGAGGAACGACGAAGAGCUUGGGAAAUUGCUGGCUGGUGUGACCAUUGCUCAUGGUGGUGUUCUUCCUAACAUUAACCCUGUUUUGUUGCCUAAGAAAACUGAGAAAGCUGCCAAGGAGCCCAAGUCUCCUUCUAAGGCUACCAAAUCUCCCAAGAAGGCUUAAUUGAUACUUUCAAUUUUAGUAUGUAUAUCAGUAUUUAGGUCGUUUUGGUGUAACGGAAUAUUAAUUGUGUUCAAACAAUGUAUUCUGAUAUCAUUGUUUUGCCUGUAGGGUUUC